AUGACGAGGCGCGUUGAUGACAUACCUACACGGAACUUCAAAACAACCCAAUCAUCAUCAUCAUCAUCAUCAUCAUCAUCAUCAUCAUCAUCAUCAUCAUCAUCAUCAUCAUCAUCAUCAUCAUCAUCAUCAUCAUCAUCAUCAUCAUCAUCAUCAUCAUCAUCAUCAUCAUCAUCAUCAUCAUCAUCAUCAUCAUCAUCAUCAUCAUCAUCAUCAUCAUCAUCAUCAUCAUCAUCAUCAUCAUCAUCAUCAUCAUCAUCAUCAUCAUCAUCAUCAUCAUCAUCAUCAUCAUCAUCAUCAUCAUCAUCAUCAUCAUCAUCAUCAUCAUCAUCAUCAUCAUCAUCAUCAUCAUCAUCAUCAUCAUCAUCAUCAUCAUCAUCAUCAUCAUCAUCAUCAUCAUCAUCAUCAUCAUCAUCAUCAUCAUCAUCAUCAUCAUCAUCAUCAUCAUCAUCAUCAUCAUCAUCAUCAUCAUCAUCAUCAUCAUCAUCAUCAUCAUCAUCAUCAUCAUCAUCAUCAUCAUCAUCAUCAUCAUCAUCAUCAUCAUCAUCAUCAUCAUCAUCAUCAUCAUCAUCAUCAUCAUCAUCAUCAUCAUCAUCAUCAUCAUCAUCAUCAUCAUCAUCAUCAUCAUCAUCAUCAUCAUCAUCAUCAUCAUCAUCAUCAUCAUCAUCAUCAUCAUCAUCAUCAUCAUCAUCAUCAUCAUCAUCAUCAUCAUCAUCAUCAUCAUCAUCAUCAUCAUCAUCAUCAUCAUCAUCAUCAUCAUCAUCAUCAUCAUCAUCAUCAUCAUCAUCAUCAUCAUCAUCAUCAUCAUCAUCAUCAUCAUCAUCAUCAUCAUCAUCAUCAUCAUCAUCAUCAUCAUCAUCAUCAUCAUCAUCAUCAUCAUCAUCAUCAUCAUCAUCAUCAUCAUCAUCAUCAUCAUCAUCAUCAUCAUCAUCAUCAUCAUCAUCAUCA